AUGGGAAUACCGGUGAAUCCCAGGAUUGCCACACUGAAAAUUGCCAGCUGUACUCAUCUAAUCCCAAAAUACGCGAUACAUCGGACCAUCCACACAUCUGCGCACAGACUGAAGCCCAUCCUCGAACCCCGGCUAGAAGACCAUGGACGAGUCAUUCACGACGAGUACUCGUUAAUCCGAGACAAAUACGAUGUCCCGAAACACCCUAUCGUCCUCGCGCACGGCCUCCUCGGCUUCGAUGAGUUGCGCCUGGCCGGUCCCUACCCCCCUGGCGUCCAAUACUGGCGUGGGAUUCGGGAGGCCUUGACAGCACGAGGCGUGGAGGUUAUCACUGCUACAGUACCUCCGUCCGCGUCGAUAGAGCAGCGCGCGGAGGAACUGGCGCGGGAUAUUGAAGCCGGGGCGAGGGGGAAGGAUGUGAAUAUUAUUGCACAUAGCAUGGGUCUCCUUCAAUCUAACACAACAUUUCUCCCCAGCGGCCUUGAUUCUCGAUACAUGAUUAGUCGGCUUAAAUCUCGAAACUUCAAAGUCUCAUCAUUAACCACCAUCGCAUCUCCACAUCGAGGAUCAUCUGUGGCAGACUACGUUUUUAACCAAAUAGGAGCCGACCGUCUCCCACAAAUCUACUACACACUAAACCGACUAAAAGUCGAAACCGGCGCCUUCGAACAACUAACGCAAAAAUACAUGGCCGAGACCUUCAACCCCAACACGCCCGACAUGGAAGACGUACGAUACUUCUCCUACGGCGCCGCCGUCGAGCCGAGCAUCUGGUCCGUAUUUCGGCUAUCGCAUAAAAUUCUUGCCGAGACGGAGGGGCCAAAUGAUGGCCUUGUCAGUGUGGCUAGUAGUCGCUGGGGCGGGGAGAAUGGGUAUAAGGGGACGUUGGUGGGCGUUAGUCAUUUGGAUUUGAUUAAUUGGACUAAUCGGGUUAAGUGGUUGGCUGGGGAGGUUUUCGGGAAUCCGAGGAAGUUUAAUGCUAUUGCUUUUUAUUUGGAUAUUGCUGGUGAGUGGUUGGCUUUUACGCUUUGCUUUGCUGUGGUGGGUUGGGUUGGAUUUGUGGGAUGCUAA